AUGGCGCCUAAGAACGUAGAAUGGUUCCUAGUGUACCUCAUCGCCGAAUUAGGAACCACACCCCACAACAUCCGUCAGAGCUACAGCAUACCCUCCCUCAUGGACGCCUACGACACAAUCGCGCACGAAUUGAAACAACGCCGCUACGACCGCUGGCAACGAAACGAAACCAUCCACCUCGUCCGCGCCUACCUCGUCUGCAUCGACGAACUCACCGUCCUAGGGAAAAUCUUCUCCAAAAAACUAGACUUCUCCAAGCGCCUUCAGCUAGACUGCGACUUCCUCGAGCAACAGGACAAGGCAGCCGGCGUACAAACUGUUGAUAACCCCGAGGGCGAAACGGAAACGGAGCGUAUCGCAUUUGCACAGCACAUGAUGGAAGAUUUGCGGAUAACGUGUACGCGUCUUACGGUUGAUUUGCGUGAAUCGCUGAAUUCGCUCUUCCAACUCCGCUCCAUCGAGCAAAACAAACUUGCCAUCAUUGCAGACACGCAGAAUAAGGCGAUUUUCGUGCUUACAGGCUUCACGAUAGUGUUUCUGCCCCUGUCGUUCUUCACGUCGUACUUUGGAAUGAAUCUCAAGGGUAUCAUUGAUACCGAUAGGACGGAAGAGUAUUAUUGGAAGGUUUAUGGUAGUGUAGCGUUUGGAAUUGUGUUGUUGUUUGUCGUGCUUGACUUCUCUCUGAUGUCUCCUCCAUGCAUCGCGCAUAUCGCGUGCUUUGUUUAUGAUGCCGCGACCGAGAGAAUCCUCUUCUGUGGCAGCAUCGUAAUUGGUGUCGGACUACGGGAUACUCCUUCGGGAGUCGUAUGA